AUGUUUAUCUAAUAUCGUUAAGUUAUUUAUUCCAACAAAUAUAUUUAAUAUGAAUUUUAUAAGGAUCAAACUUAAUAAACAAUAACUUAGAUUUAGAUAAAGUUUGAUGAUUUCUCUGAAGGCAAAUACGAAUAAGUUGGAUUGCUUUGGGAUUACUAUUGGAACAGAUAUUUUUAAGUUCAAUAUUAUAUUACUCGGACAAAAAAAAAGUUAAUCAAAUACUCAACUAAUGAUGAAAUCAAUUUAAGAGUGUACCUAUUAUAGUAUAUUCCAAUUCAGAGAUACAUUAAAAAACUUUGCUUAUUCAUGGAAUAAUUUAGAAUAGAUCAAAUAUUUAUAGUGGUUUGAAAUAUAAAAAUCUAAAAUACACCAAUUAGAUAGAUUGAUAUUAAUCUGGAAAGGUAAAAUGUUAGAGGAUACUGGUGGAUAGUACUCUAAUGGAUUAAAGUAAGGUUAUUGGAAAGAGCCAAUAGAAAAUUAUUGGACGUAUCAAUAAUAUUUGAUAUUUAGUUUAUCACAAGCAUAUUAAAUUGGACUAUAUUAAGAUGGCAAGAGAUUUGGAAUAUGGAUAAAUGUCUACGAAGAUUAGGUGAUGUAGUGUUAAAUAUAAAAAUUAUUUACAGUGGUGGUGGAACAUAUGAUGACAAGCAUAACAAGAAUGGAAAAUGGAUAGAAUUAAGUGAAAAUUUUUCUAGGUAUUGGAAAUUGUAAUUAAUAUUUAGCAAUUCUUAUAUCACAUAUAAUGGUGAAUAUAAAAAUAAUAAAAAGAUUGAUAAAUUGGAGAUCAAUUACCGAUUUUCAAGUAUUUAUCAAUUUGAAUGGAUGUAAAUAUGUAUAUUUUGUUUAGUGGUGGUGGAUCGUACAACUAGGAAGGCAUUAAGAACUGUUUUUGGAUUGACUUGAUUGAAAAUUUCUAUCGGUAUGAUGAAAAUUAAGAUUAUUUAUAAUUUCUUAGCUGAAGAUAGGUUAUAUUUAAAGGAGAUUAUCAAAACAAUAAAAAAAUUGGUAAAUGGGGUACUUAUUAUAGAACUGAGGGUAUAUUUUCAUGCGAUUUUUAGUUAAUGUAAAUUUGCUAUAAUUUUAUUUAUUAAUUUAGUGGUGGCGGAUCAUAUGAUAAAACAGGAAUUAAGGUUGGUUAAUGGAUUGAGCUAAGCAAUUAUUUUUAUAAGUAUUGUUUUAAAUAUGAUAAUAUAUAUAGUUAUAGUUAAGUUACUUAUGAGGGACAAUAUUAAAAUGGAAAAAAAAUAAACUAAUGGGUUACCAAAUACAAGUAAAAGGAUUAAGUAUAAUUUAUGUAAAAAUUAUUAAUCUUCAAUUUUGAUUAUAGUUAUGGUGGUGAAUAUGAUAAUGAGAAUAUGAAGAAAGGAUUUUGGAUUGAUUUGAGUGAUGACUUUAGGCAAUUUUAAAAUUAUGAUAUAAUAAAUAGGGAUAGCUAAAUCGUUUAUUAGGGGAUGUAUCAUAAUGGGAGAAAGAUUGGUAAAUGGGAUAUCAAUUUUAGGGAGUUUAACACAUUUCAAUAAAUGUAUUAUAAUUCAUCUUUUUAUUAUAUUUAUUAGAGGAGUAACUUAUUAUGAUGAGUAAGGUAAUAAAACUGGAUUGUAAUAAGAAACCAGCUCAAGUUUUUUUAAGUAUUCAGAUCAAUCAUUUAUCAUUUUUUAGUUUAAGUUAAAUUGUGUAUAGAGGAGAAUAUUAUUAGGGUCAUAAAAAUGGUAAAUGGAAAAGCUUUUGGAACAAUAAGUUAAAAGUUGAAUAACUGUAUAAAAAUAAAUUAUUAUAUCAAUUUUUUAUUAGGGGGUGUGGACUAUAUGGUGAGAAUGGUUUAAAGAAUGGAAUUUGGAUUGAAUUGUCAAAUGAUUUUAACGAGUAAUUAAUUUUUGUUAUUAUCAAUAUUAGGGAUAAAUAGGUUAUUUAUAAAGGCGAGUAUAAUUGUGGAUAAAAGGUUGGGCUAUGGGAAACUAAUUUUAGAUUCUCUUAAAAUUUUGAGGAAAUGUAAGCAUGAUAGUCUCUUUAAUUUUAGAGGUUGUGGAUGCUAUGAUGAUGAUGGAAUUUAGAAUGGAUUAUGGAUAGAAUUGGAUGAAGAUUUUAGUAAGUAUUAAAAAUACUGUAAUUGAUUAAUAGCUCUAAAUAAAUCAUUCAUAGGGGGGAAUAUAAAAAUGGGAGAAAGGUUGAGAAAUGGUUAGAAUUCAAAAGAGAUAAAUUGAAAAUUUAGGAAGGAUUUAAAAAUACGUAUGUGUUAUUUUCAUUUAGUGGGGAAACGAUUUAUUAUCAAAAUUGAAAUAAAUGGAGAGGUC